AUGAGUGAUCAAACUAGAGAUCAGUUGUUUUAUGAAAAUCAAAGUAAAGAGUUAAGGGAAAAGUAUUAAAAAGCAAAGGAGGGAUCAUCCACAUCUGAACAUAACCCUAAAAGAGAUAAAGCAUAAAAAGUACUAAUGCUUAUUAUGGUAUUGUACUCCAUCAUACUGGUAACCUUCGUCUUACUUUUAUAUUGGGUAAGGGACUUUCGAUAUUUUUGUUUUAAUGUUCUCAAUGAUUUCAAUGACUAGGGGCAUUAUAUAGGAGCUUUUUAUAUUGGAGUAAUAGGUUUAUGGUUUGUUUUGACUGGCUUUAAUGUUGUUCUCUAUGAUAUUUUAGCAGGAUUUUUAAUUCACCCUUUUUGGUUUGCUUUGUUCACAGUUUCCUUAGCUAAAUUCUUGGCAAAAUAUAUUGGUUUCUUGAUUGGGAGAUAUGCAAUAAGAAGUUUUAUUUAUACAGCAAUGAAUGAAAACAUAUACUUCAUCACUUGUUAUCUAGCAACAGAACGCAAACCUACAAAAGUUAUGUAUCUUCUGUAAUUUUUGGCAAUUCCUACAAUCUUCAAGACUUAUGCAUGUGGGUUAUUUAGAAUCACUCAUUGGGAAUUCAUUCACCCAACAUUUUUUGGAACUGUCAUUUGGGCUGGAUUCUGGGUUUAUAUGGGAUCAAACUUAGAUUCACUUGCUGAUGUAUUAUAAUCAGGAGACACCAGCAAUUAUGUUCCUAUUUGGUUGAAGGGCUUAAUGUUUAUCAUAGUUACUUUGAUAAUCUAUUAUUUCAUUAGAUUGACAAAUUCAAUCUAUACAGAGAUAUAAAAUGAUGCAAGUUUAGCUGAUUUGAGUCACAUUUUAGAAAAAGAAGAUGAAGAAUAAGAAAAACUGUUAAUUUGUAAUGAAGUGAACGAUGAAACUUAAAUUUAAGAUGAAAACGAACCUAUUGAUGCAUGAAUUUUCAAUUUUAAGAGCUUAUUUUUAAAAUAAAUAUAAAUAUUUAUCAAA